UCAGCUGUUGAAGUCAAUAAAUAUUGGUACACAGCCUAAAAAUGCAAUUUGUUAUAAUUGUGAAAUUAUUUGAACAAGAAUCAUGGGUUCGUUUGGCCAAGAAGUUGACGAAAUUUGGCCAUCUUUGGAAGGUAGCUUCGAAACUUUAAAUGACUUUGGUCGAAAACUUCUGAAGCAAUGUAAAUCGGUUGAGAAGCCCGACAAUAAUGAAACAAAUGUAGACGUUCAGGAAUUUAUUGGUACAUCGCGGGAAUUCCCUUUAAAGUUUGGUGUAAACAGUUGCCGGGUGACUAGUCAACCAAUGGCCCGACAUGGUCACAUAGCCAAACAAAUUGCUUCCGUUUAUCCAAUAAUACAUGAACGAACCUUGGUGUUGUAUUUAAACUAUUUGGAGCAUAAAUGCCAGUGGGGCAAUGAGGUGGAACUUCCUAUCUACCAGUCCCUUUCCUUGUGUGGAUUCAUCCAGCGACUGCUGGAGAAACGAUGCGCCAGUUUCUUUGCCCGCAAUGAUAAAUAUCUCCUACUGACUGGCGAAACGGGAGCUAGUGGUUUUGAGCCCAUCGGCUCCUUGCAAGAAAAGGCACCUCUUAAACUCGAGCAUGUCCUUAGCUAUGAUGAAAUCAAAAUGUCUGCUCUUUUAUCGGUUAGUUCCCACACUGAGUUCAUUAAUGAGGGCGAACGUGCCAAUUGUGGUCGCAUACAACGGGAUCGCCGUCUUUUGGAGCCUGAGGGCGUUAUAAUGGGUUUAAUUGGAGCUCGUCUCACGCGUCGGAAUUUGAUGGAAUUCCAGGAAAUCGUCAUUGCCCGCUCCCAAAAUACGUCGGAGGCAGGCUAUGGCCUGGAUUUGGCAAAGCCAGUGGAGACAAGGGCCCAAAGCUAUCGACGGCUGUGGCGUCAAUUCUAUGAGACGCGCGAUUUUCAGCAUGGCGAGGUCAGCAUUGACAAUCAACGUUUCGGUGUAUCCAAAAAUAAGCAAGACGUAUUCGAUAAUCUGGUAAUGAAGCGACGGUAUGCCAUUAGUUUUGAUACCUUACUGCUGGAGGCCCAGGCCAGGGCUAAGGCUAUGGAUAAAUUGGCGUACAUACAUGUGGUUGGUUUCGGUUUGGGAGUAUGGAGAGCAAAUGCUCAGCAGGAGCAAAUAUUCCUAGAGACCUUUGAGCAACGCAUUAGGGAGCUGGGCCGUCGUUUAUCUCACAUUGGUAUCGUGCAUUUCUCCUGGUUUCAUUUGAAUCGCUGCGGUGGUCUUCAUAAUGGAGCAAUACUAAAGAUACCAAAACAUCCCGCAGAAGGCAUACGCAUACUUAUCUCAAAACGGAAUCCUGCCCAAAAGUUAUCCCUGCCAGAGCAUGAGAAUAUGUUGCUCUUUGUCACAUAUGCCUGGGAUGGUAAUGCCUUACCAGGAAACGAAUUUUGGAUGAACUUGCUUAAAUCAACGGGGGACUCUUCUACGGCUUGCCACACACUAAUUACGGAAUUGCACAAUCCGCAUAUUAAUAGAGUUUACUGCAAUGGCCACAAUUUGCAUAUAGCAUCACCGACAAUGGGCGUCCUGCAUAUAGCCGACUAUGCUAAGCGUGUACUACACAAGUCCAAAAAAAUUAACAAAGAUAGGAAGGAUAAAGAUAAAGAGUAGCCACAUUGGCCAUAAAUCAAGUGGUUGUGGCUUACUAUCUUAUCUAAUGGCUUCUUCUGUGACGAGUAUUUACAUCUGUCUACACCAUUUAUUUACCCUCUAUGUGUAGGUCAUCUAAAAAAUAUAUUUCCUCUGUUCAACCUUUAUCAUAUCUGUUGUUAGACCACUAUGGCUUAAGCUCGUCAUGUGGCGAACUGUGGCAACCGCAAAACGAAGAACAAAGAAAGUUCGCGUGAGACAAUUUAAACAAAAAUACGAAUUUAUUUCAAAAAUUA